GACAGAAAAGUAAUUUUCUAACUGGUCUAAAAAUCAUACCGUCGAUUUUUAUAAUCCAACGGUUCACAAAGACCGCUCCAUUGACUGCCAUAGAGAUGAAAUAUAAGACAAGAGAUGCCCUAAGCCGUGAAGUCACAGAGAGAGAGAGAGAGAGAUAGAGAGACACAAAGGUUUCGCCAGACUCGCCGGAGAAAUUAGCGACUACGGUGGUCAGAAUCUCCAGUCCCUUCUUCGCCGGAAAAUCAUUGAUCUCUACAAAUUCUUCAGCUGAGACAAAUCGGAUAAGAAGCUCCAAAAAUGUCGUCGUUAGAACAAGAAAUGUUCUUACAGUGGGGAAACAAGAAGAGAAUGAGACGCCUAAGAGCCGCCGCCAACAAGGACAACAAACACAUCUCGCAACGCCAAUCUAACUCUUCAUCUCACGAGACCUUCCUCUUCCACUCCUCGAGAUUCUCCAGGUACACAAAGGUUUCAUCUUUUUCCCUUAAUCGAAGCCAAGACUCAAUUUUUUUUAUUUCUUUGUUAAGAGGAUCAGAAGGUGCAAUACUCAGAUCCGGAGGAUCACUACCAGAGAAAGAGAAAGAGGAGAGGUAUUACACUACGAGAGGCGUUGUUGAUACCAACGGAGAAGACAGCAACGGCAAGGGAGAGGAGAGUAUGUGGCCGAAGCUGUUUGUGACGCUGUCGAGCAAAGAGAAGGAAGAAGACUUCAUGGCUAUGAAAGGCUGCAAGCCUUCUCACAGGCCUAAGAAGAGAGCCAAACUCAUCCAAAAAAGCUUACUUUUGGUGAGUCCUGGAACAUGGUUGGCUGAUAUGUGUCCGGAUAGAUAUGAUGUUAGGGUCAAGAAGAGCUCCAAGAAGAGGAGAGCAAGAGGAUUAAAAGCAAUGGGGAAUAAUAUUGAUAGCGAUUCAGAUUGAGGAGGAGCUUGAAGAUUAUUUUAGCUAAUAGAAAUCUUUUGCGUAUUGACUUUAGAUUAACUUUUGCUUUGUGGUGUUCACUUAAAGCAAUCUCUUAUAAAAGUAGUUUCUCUCAGUUUGAUCAUUUUGAACUACAAGGAAGCAUUAUUUCUUUGUGGGCAAUGUAUGUAUGCGCUUGUUGUUGUUGUAACUUGCACACAAUCUUAUUGUAACUUACUACUGUUUCAAAUAAUGUAUUUUUGGUCCCAUCU